AUGCUGAGGCGGCGCGACGCGGGUGAAGCUGUUGCUGCUGUUGAGGAGGUGACAACGAGGCCCAAGAUCCGCAAGUGGUGCGCGCUCUCGUCGUCGUCCGGCGCGUCGGGGACACUGAGGAGGCUGAGGCUGAGGCGAGGCGUGGUGUCGCUCCACCGGAGGGGAUCAGGCGGCGUCUCUUCGCCGUUGCCGACCAGCUGGAAGAUGUCCGAGUCGUCCUGGAGCCGGGCGUGCCGCGCCGACGGGAUGCACUCGUCGGUGUCCGCCCGGAAGCUCGUCAGCGCUCUCUGGCAGAUGAACGAGGGCGGCUUGCUUGAGGAGGAGGAGGAGGAGGCCCGGAUCGCCAGGGACGCGGCUGCGCGCCGGGGCUCUGCGGCGGCGCACCGGCGCUGCGCGUCGUCCGUGGAGAUCUCCAAGAGGUCAAGAACGAGGAGCAAGGUGGUUUCGGAGGCUGAUCAUGGGCGCCAUUGGCUUUCAGAUAACCUGAGCAAUGCCGGCACAACUGGGGUGCACCCAUGCGCUCAAGACUCUAGCUCCACAUGUUCAGCGGACAGAAUGGCACACCUGCAGGACAUGUACAACAGCCUGACGGCGUGCAAGGAGCUCGUCAGAGUCCUCGGCAACAUCUGGGGGCCGGGAGACCUGAGCCCGUCCACGGCGUCGCUCCUCUCCGCCCUGCGCUCCGAGCUCGACCUGGCGCGCGCCCACGCGCGGCAGCUCGCCAGGGAGCGGAGCCACCGCGGCAGCGAGACGGUGGAGCUCAUGAAGAAGCGACUGGAGGCGGAGGCGCGCGCGUGGAAGAGCAAGCAGCGGGAGAAGGUGGCGGCCACCGUGCGGGUCGUGUGCGACGAGCUCGACGGCGAGCGGCGGUCGAGGCGGAGGGCGGAGCGGGUGAGCGCCAAGCUCGGGAGCGCGCUGGCCGAGGCGGAGCGGGAGCUCGAGCGGGAGCGGAGGUCGAGGGAGCGGCUGGAGAAGGUGUGCGACGAGCUCGUGCGCGGCGGCGGGGUGGAGGAGGAGGCGAGGCGGGAGGCCGAGGAGGCGCAGGCGGAGGUCGACCGGGAGCGGGAGAUGCUGCGGCUCGCCGACGAGCUCCGCGAGGAGCGGGCCCAGAUGAAGCUGCUCGAGGCGCGGCUCCAGUUCGAGGAGAAGAACGCCGUCGUCGAGCAGCUGCGCGGCGAGCUGGAGGCCUUCCUGGAGACCAAGAAGCAGGGCCUCCUGGAAGCGGAAUCACCUGCCGCCGCCGCGGAUGAAGAACGCCAAGCCACUCACGACGAUGAUCGCCAUGGAUUCUUCGAAGCUGAAGAAGGUGCCGAUAGAAUCGCUCGUGUUGAUGCCAGCAAGAGGACGGACGUAGACGACGAUGGAGGAGGAUCCGAUGAUGGUUCAGACGGCAGCGACAUGCACUCCAUCGAGCUGAACAUGGACGGCAGAAGCAAGGACUGUGGCGGCUGGAGCUACAGCACCGCUUCCAAGGAGACGCUUACACCGACGGCCAAGAAGGCGGCGUCUGCGGACAGCAGGGGAACGGGGUGCGCCGAUCCGUGGGCCAGCGACCGGCGGUCGCUGGAGGAAUCGGAAGGAGGCCAACGGUGGGACGACGAGGAAGGGCGCAGCGACGUCGACGAGGAGGACUCCGAGAGGUACCAGGCCAUCAAGAACCUCAGGGAGCAGAUGCUCGCCGGCCAUGGGCUGGGUUCCAUUUUCCUGCCGGGAGCAUACGAAGGAAAUUAUACGGCCUGA